AUGGAUAACAUCUCCUUCAACAGCUCAUCUAUGUUGUCCCUGGAAAAAUUAAAUAUUCCUCCCAAUGUUGUCUAUCCAGCAUUUUUUCUGGGAUUGCUAAAUUAUUGCAUCAUUGUUUUGUGUAAUUCAAUCAUCCUUCUCACAAUUGCACGGGAUAAAAAUCUGUAUCAACCUAUGUACAUCCUGUUUUUCAAUAUGCCUGUCAAUGAUCUAAUUGGGGCCACUGCCUUCCUUCCUCAAUUAAUGAAAGAAAUUUUGCUUGAUUCCAGGUCAAUAAGUUACCCGGCCUGUGUCACCCAGGCUUUCUUUGUUCACCUUUAUGCUGUAGGCUCUGUGUUGAUACUGACAGCAAUGGCAUAUGAUAGGUAUGUUGCAAUAUGCUUACCUUUAAUGUACAAUUCUAUCAUGACUAAUUCUUACUUAAUGAAAAUGAUCAUACUGCUUUGGUCUGUGGAUUUUAUUCUGAUAACCGUUCUUUUGUCCUUGGUUGUGCGGUUGCCUCGAUGUCGAUCACUAAUAUCUAAUAUUUACUGUGAUAAUCCUUCUCUUGUUGCACUUGUCUGCUCUGACACCAGCAUAAAUAACAUCUAUGGGCUGUUUUUGACAGCUGUGGUGCAAGCUCUGGCUUUAGGCUCAGUUCUCUACACAUACAUGCAGAUACUUUACACAUGUCUGAGGAACAAGCACUCGGAUGCGAGGAGCAAAGCUGUUCAAACUUGCACCACACAUUUAGUUUCAUUUGUCAUUUUAGAAAUUACAUCUUUUUACAAAAUACUUUCCUAUCGUUUUGAGAAGACACCCUCAUAUAUAUCAAAGGUUGUUGGGGUCUUAGUUUUAACAUUUCCCCCAACACUGAACCCAAUUAUAUAUGGCCUGAAAAUAAAAGAGAUCAGGACAAGAAUACCAUUGAUUUUCAGACGAAAGGUGGCACACAUCUAA